AACCAAAAAACCCCUCUCUCUCUCUUCUCUCUCUCUCUUUUCGCUUUAGAUCUGGCCGUUUGAGUCUCCGGGGACGGCGAUUGUUUUUUUGUUGCAUGAACGCCGGUGAUGGCUUCUGCUUGCGUCAACAAUGUUGGUGUGUCUCAGGAGUUUCCUGCUUACGGAUGUUUCAAUCCACGAGCUUCCUUCAGCCGUGAAGACUCUCGGACUUCUGGAUCGGAGUUUCCACCGAAACUUGCGGCGGAGGAAGCAGUCGGCGCUGGUGAGUUCGAGUUCAGGCUUGAGGAUCCGGUCGGGAUGCUUCCCGCCGACGAGCUUUUCUCCGACGGGAAACUCGCGACGAAGCAUCAGACCGUCGGGAAAUGCAGAAGGAUGGAUGUGGAGAUGGAGAUCUCCGGCGCCGAUAAUUGCUUGUUUUCUCCCAAGGCUCCACGGUGCUCGAGCAGGUGGAGGGAGUUGUUAGGGCUCAAGCGAUUCUCUCAGAACAGCAAGGCCGCAUCGACGACGACGACGCUCCCUUCGAAUCCCAGAUCGUCUACUUCGUCUUCGUUGAAGCAAUUUUUGCAUCGGAGCUCUAGAUCGUCGUCGUCGUCCGGAUCCUCCUCUUCGGAGGCUUCCUUACUCAGUCUUCCUCUCCUGAAAGAUUCCGACUGUGAAUCUCUGUCGUUAUCCUCUUCUCGUAUGUCCCUCUCCUCUUCCUCCUCCGGCCACGACCACGAGGAUAUCCCAAGGCUAUCCCUCGACGCAGAGAGACCUAGCCACAUGCUUAACCUCAACCAUAACCUCACGGCGAAUCCGUUUGCUCCCGCUCGAAGCCUAAACCCAAAUCCGCCGCGAAUGAGGCUUGUUAAGCCACGUGACAGUAACCAUGGAAGCGGAGGGAGAGUUGGACGCAGCCCGAUGCGGCGUUCGACGGGAGGAGAAACAUGUCAAGCAGCAAUGAGCAGAGGAGUCUCUGUAGACAGUCCAAGGCUAAAUUCGUCAGGGAAAAUAGUGUUUCAGAGCCUUGAACGGAGCUCAAGCAGCCCGAGCAGCUUCAAUGGUGGAACGAGUGGGUAUAGACACAGAGGAAUGGAGAGAUCGUACAGCGCAAACGUAAGGGUAACUCCGGUUCUUAACGUUCCGGUUUGUUCGAUUCGAGGUGGUUCAGUGAUCUUUGGGCAGUUUUUCUCUGCGUCUAAUCCUUCUUCAUCAGCUUCGUCGCAACAUAAUAGAACAGGGAGUGGCUCCAAUAACAACAGAGCGUCGUCUCAUCACCCGCACGGUGGUAUAAAUAGAGGUCGUAACUCCACGGAUCGAAUCUAAUCUAAUAAUCUGAGAGAGAACUUCAACAAAACACAAUCUUAUUGAUCCAUUGUAGCCAGUUAGUAAUCCCACUUCUUUGGUUUGUUAACUGUAUGCCCCAACAAGUCUUUUUUUUUUUUUUAACAAAGUUUUUUCCACAUUUUAAAAUUCAGGGUUUUGUAAAUAAAGAGGAUCUGCCAUUGCCAUUUGUUAGUGAGGAAUUCUAUCUAGGGUUUUUGUAGACGUAUCCUGUGAAAAGACAUUACACAAAAUGGAAUUGGAAUCUCCUGCUGUGUAUUUUGCUUUGCUUUGGGUUUUGAGAGUUAGAGGGAGAGGCAAGAGAGAGAAAGAGAGUGAGACAGUGAGGUUAACGCGCUCAAGGGAUGCGCGUGGGUCAUAGGAAAAGAGAUUCUCUCUCUCUCAUAAGCUCUGUGUGUAUUUGCGCUCUCCCCACGUUGAAGCUUAUCUAAGCUGUCUCUUUCAUGUGAUAUUUUUUAAUUCUAGUUUUUCUAUAGUUUAUUUUGUCGUUUUCUAAGUUUCGGAAAUGAUGCAGUUUUUCAGAGACUUUACCAUACCUUUCUCUC